AUGCCUCCAGACUCUCGAUGCGUUGUUGGAGCGCUCUACGGCUCAGAAGCUAUGCUACGUGAUAUGCUUGAGAACUCGGACUUCGACAAGGACAAGUUCCUUCCCAAACCGGCUUUGGCGGCCGCUGAUCAAAUUCUUCAAUGGGGUGACCAGUCCAGGCUCAGGAUACUCUUGGAUAGCAAACUUGGCCAUCAGCUUCAGAAUCUUGACUUUUUUCGACUCACCAUCAAUGGAUGGUCCGAUCCGGGUACGAAUUGCAACACUUGGGAUCAAGUAUUUGGCCUUGUCGACCAUGUGCUAGACAUCUUGGUUCAGGAGCAAUGGGGCAACGAACUGUUGUGCAUGGCUGCCAGUGUGGGCUGUAUGCCCAUGGUCCGGCGACUGAUGAUUAGAGCUCAGCACAAGGCGGAACUUAGGAGUGAAUUGCUGCGUGGGCUCCGACGCGAACGGCAUCGUCCGUUUGACAAAUCCAGGCAUCAAUCGAUUGGAGAAGCUGUUUUGGGAAACCACGUUGAUGUGGUGGAAUACCUAUUGAAGGAGAACGGUAUCGAAGCACACCUCCAAUUCCGCAACUCGCGUGGUGAAAACGUUCUGCAUUUGGCAGCAAGGCUCUGCAACCCAGCGAUGUUCCGUCUUUUGGUCCCACGCCUACCGGAAGGCAUACACCAGACAGACGAUCAAGGAGACACGGCUCUAAGGCGGAUUAUUUUGCACUCUCCAGCUUCAGAGGACCGGUAUGAGUCGGCGAGGAUUCUGCUCCAGCAAGGCGGUGCCAAUUGGGACAGCCAUUCUUGCGUUGAGCAGCAGAAUCCUUUGCGGAUAGCUGUACAGCUUGGUGAUUUAAAGAUGUGUCACCUGUUGGUCUGUAUUGGCAAAGGGAAUCCUCUUUCAGCUAUGACCCGUGAUAACGAUGGGCAAAUGGUUUUGAAGGAUAAAACACCGGAGAACGAGGAUAAUUUCCGAGAGAUCUUGCAAUUUCUAUGCGCCAAUAUAGCAUCAACAUCGGCUUAA